GGACCGUUUCUUCUCCCUCUUCUUUUUCUCUAUAAAUACGGUCCCUCUCCCCUCUUCUUCUUCACGCUCACACGCAACUCUUCACUUCUCCUGCCUUUAUCCCUACCGAAUCAUCCUCUCUUCUUCCCAAGACCUUUACUCUCGCUCACCAUGAAGAAGACAAUCUCCAAGGUUUCCAAGAUCUUCAACGGCGGCAAGAAAUCCAAGGAGGACGAGAAUGCUUCCUCCAUCACUCCUGCGCAAUUGGGGGAGAUGAGGGGAGUCAUUCCUCCUGAUUAUGGCGUCCAGGAAGCCACGGGUACUACUUUGGAGCGCAAUCCUGACAUCUCCCGCCGACUGGUCGUCCACUACGACUCGGUUAGGAUGGGAUGCCGCUUCCCUCUCCAUCCCCUCUUGGUCGAACUUUGCAACCGCUACGCCAUACCUCCCGGUCAGAUUUCCUCAAACUCCGACGAGAGUCUUUUUGGCUUCUUGGUGCGGUGUCACAAGAGAGGCAUCCAACCCACUCUGAAGCUCUUCCUCUCUUUCUUCCGUCCCCACAAGUAUGAUGGCGAGUUGGGCCGGGGGUUCGUGAGCUUCACGGCCCGGACCAAUAUGCAGUUUUUGGAUAGCCCGGUCGACAAACUUGACGAUUGGUUCCGCCGCUUCUUUGUGGUGGUAGUUCCCGAAGAUCUUCCCUUCCCCAACAUGUGGCGGAAGAAGGAAGAUAAGUUCCCUUCUCACCUUUUUCCCCCUCGCGACUCGGAGCUCGAGGGGGUCUUCCGUCUUCUUCGCAAGAAUGGCUAUCCGGUCCCCCGCGCGCUCCUCCUCAAGGACUCGUAUUUUCGGGGUCUCGGAUUCUGGGUGUCUCCCGAUAUUCCUCCUCAAGAGCCGUCGGGAGACACAACUUCCUCUUGGGUUCCUCCUUUCAGGAACACUCAACUCCGCCGGCGAUCUUCUCGAAGGGAUCCUUCCCCGGAGGAGGACACCGAGGGCGAGGAAGUAGAGUCCGCGACGGGGGCCCUAUCUCUGGCGCUUGCCCACGUGGCCGGGAUUGGGAUUCCGUGCAGCACGGAAUCUCCUUGGGAAUAUUCCCCCUCCUCUAGCUGUGGGGGGGACGAAGCAAUUUCCCAACCCCAAACGUCCAAUAUCCUUAAUUUUGCAAAUUCUGCGGCGGAGAAUAUUUUUGGGACUCCCUUUGGUCAUGGCGACGUUCCUCUCCCCGGAACAAAUAUCCAUCAAUCUUUUUUGGAGACGGAGGAGUUAAUUCGGUCCUCCAGUUUUGGGAAGGCCACUGUCCCCUCCUCCAUCCGUCCCACUGCCAUCCCCGGUCCAUCAAUUCAGGAGACCGGGUCCUCCUCUUCUUCUCAGGUCCGCCACAAGAGGGGCCGGAACUCCACCCCUCUCCCUGGUUCUCUGGUGUCCGCCUGUCCUCCCAUGGGGACCGCCGAUGAUGGGUUUCUCAUUGGGCAAGGGGGUCAACCCUUUCCCUAUGCCCGGGAGGCCUAUCAAUUCACAGGAUACACGUCCUGGGUAGGACGGGACUUCAACAACAAGCUUCAAGAAAUACAACAGCUCAAGAGGAACCAUCCUGACGUGGUCCACAGCCCGGCCUGGCCAUUUAUGCAGGAGGAGUACACUCGUAUGGCCGAUUAUGUUGCCACUUCCUCUACUCAGCGCCAUUCCCUUCGCUUAUUGGAUCGCAAUGCUGCUUUAUCAAAGGAGCUGAGGGAUUUCAAAUCUCGGCACUCUAUUUGCGUUGAGCGUCCGGAAUAUGAUCGGGUUUUGUCCGAGAAUGAUCAGCUCCACUCGGACCGUGAGCGACUUGCGGCCAAGGUCGGGCAACGUGAUCUAAACCGGAUUCACGACCUCAAGGAGAUAGAAUUCCUGAGGAGGGACUUGGAGCGGCAGGUCAGAGAGCGUGAAUUGCAAGUUCGAGAGGAGGCAGAACUUCACCGAAGGAGAUCAGAGGAGGAGCUGGAGCGAACGUGGCGUCGUCGAUCCGAGGAGGAAGCGAGGAAGGCGGCGGAAGAGGUCGAACAGAGGUGGCGCCUCCAACAUGAAGAAACGGAACGUCAACUUUCUCAACGGGUCAACGAGCUAAACCUGACCCUUAUGGAGGAGAGGCGUUCAGCUCGGAGUUCCCUUGAUGAGGCCCGUCGCUCGCUCGAGAACGAGCGUCUCAUAUAUGAGGGACAUAUGGCUCGGAUGGAGGUCGAUCGCAUUUCGGACUAUGGCCGGGGCUUCUAUCGUGGAGGUUUGGAGGUCCAAGACAAAUUUUAUGGUGGACUGGAGCCUUACUCUGAUGGACUAGAUCCUUGGCUGAAGUUUCCAGGGGUCCCAGGACCCAUGGGACCAGCGCCUUCUUUCCUUCUUUCCUCUCCUUCGCCCUGAAUUCUCAAGUCACUAUUGUAGUUUGUUUAGGAACGGUCCUCAUGUGCCUUUGUAUUGAUUUUGUCACCUCUUUGUAAGGAUCGGUCCUCUUUGUAUGCCUCCCUCCUGACUGUAUUUUUUACUGAUUUUGUCACCUCUUUGUCACCUCUUUUUUUUUAAUAUCUCAUGGGCUGGAACAAUUGACGAU